AUGCUCAGUACGUUAAAAGCGCUUUUUGCGCCCAAAACUACAGCAGCGGUCAACCCCGGGUCACCUGCCCCUGCUUCGACUCCGGUACCUGCCCCUCCAGCGAAGGAGGACAAAUCAAAUGAGAAGAAAGAUGAAGAAAGAAAAGAAGAGAAAAUGGACGAAGAGAGGGCAGCCGAACCGGCUCCUGCUCCUACGCCAGCACCGGCUCCUACCCCUGCCCCAGAACACCCUAAACCAGACACCAAACCAGAGGAUCCAGCAAAUCAUGCGACAGAAGGCGAGGAUGGUGCACCUCCAUCUAUCGUCAUCAACAGAUAUUCUGAUGAUCACCUGCGAGGGAUCGUGAGGAGAUUAAGAGAAAGGGUCGAGUCUUAUAAAGAGAAAGUCCUCGAUCCCUACGCCUCAUCACCGGAGCACAGCCCACCAGUCACGCCGGUUUAUCGAAAGCCAGAUUGGCUCAAAAUGCAGGAGGAGGAGAGAAAAAAACGAGAGGAAGCCGAGCAGAAGAAGAAAGAAGAAGAUGCAAAGAAAGCAGCUGCAAAGAAGGAAAAAGAGGAAAAAGAAAGAUUAGAGAAAGAGGAAAAACUGAACGCUGAGAAAGAGAAACUGGAGAAGGAGCAGGCAGAGGCCAUCUGUCCAAAAAUCAGGUUCACAUGUGUAGACACGCUGCUCCAACCAUUAGAAAACAAGAUGGACUCGUACUUAGGGAUGACCAUCGAUCAGUUUACAGAUCGUCGAUAUAUUAAAUGGCUGAGUGUCGUCACGGUUGCUUUUAACUACAAUGUUUGGUUUGCCACGGCACGCUUGUGUUUUCCGUACCACACGCCAGGAGCGAUCCCUUUCUGGAUAUUCUUUGACAUUCUGGCAGAUCUGGUGAACGUCUUAGACAUCGUCAUCUUUCAGCCACGCUUACAAUUUGUGAAGGCAGGAGACAUCAUAAAAGACAGAGUGAUGACAAAACAGAAGUACAGAGAAUCUGUCAGGUUUCAGACAGACCUGAUAAGUAUUAUACCAUUCGACUUGCUGUGUUUCCACUUUGGAUUUACAUCACUUUUCAGGUUAAACCGGUUCAUACGGUACGAGUCGUUUUUUGAGUUCAGUGACCGUUUAGAAAGCAUCAUGGCUAAGGCUUAUAUCUGGAGAGUCGCCCGCACUACCGGAUAUCUCCUGUACUGUCUACACCUCAACUCUUGUCUGUACUAUGUGGCGUCAGAAUAUGAGGGACUGGGCAGCACUAAAUGGACAUACAAUGGGGAAGGAAAUGCGUAUCUCCGAUGUUAUUAUUUUGCCACCCGCACCCUGAUCACUAUCGGAGGUCUUCCAGAGCCCCACACUCUCUUUGAGAUCAUCUUCCAGCUGGUCAACUUCUUCACCGGCGUCUUUGUUUUUUCCAGCUUAAUAGGACAGAUGAGGGAUGUCAUCGGAGCGGCCACUGCGGGUCAGACAUACUUCCGUGCCUCUAUGGAUAUGUGUGUGGCAUAUAUGAACACCUACACCAUCCCCAAACACGUGCAACACAGAGUGCGUACAUGGUACAACUAUACAUGGGACUCUCAGGGCAUGCUGGAUGAAUCUGAAUUGUUGGACAAAAUGCCUCUGGUGAUGAGAACGGCCAUUGCUGUGGACAUCAAUCUUGCCACCUUCCAGAAGAUUGAUCUCUUUAAGGGUUGUGACAGUCAGAUGCUUGUGGACAUGUUAUUACGCCUGAAAUCCAUCGUGUACUUGCCAGGAGACUUUGUGUGUAAGAAGGGUGACAUUGGGAGAGAAAUGUACGUCAUCAAAGCUGGAGAGGUGCAGGUUAUCGGUGGACCUGACAAUACCAUUGUGUUUGUGACGCUGAAAGCAGGUUGUGUGUUUGGAGAAAUCAGUCUAUUACAGUCAGCAAAGGACGGAGGCAACAGAAGGACAGCGAAUGUAGCCGCUCAUGGAUUCGCCAACCUCUUUGUGCUGGAUAAGAAAGAUCUGAAUGACAUCCUGGUCCACUAUCCUGAAUCCCAGAAAGUUCUGGCCAAGAAGGGACGAAAACUGAUGAAGGCCAAAGGUAAAGGUCCUGUUCCAGAUGAGAAAGAGAAGAAAAGAGGAUUGGACUUGUUUGGACCCAAACCUCCCACUCCCAAAAUGCUUCGUGCUUUUGGAGGAUUUGGAAAAGGAGGUUUAUUAGCGAAACUUAAGGCUCAGGCUGAGGCAGAGAAAACAACAUAAGAAAUUCAUCCAUUGCAUCAUUUCUCCAUCUACUUUUAUUAUUUAUAGUCUGUUAAAUUACACAAACACUGUCCACCAAUAAUCUUGGAUACGUUUUGUAACUGGUUUAGCAUUGUUCUUGUCAACAAUGACUGGUUCUUCUGGGCUUGGU